UGAUAAUCACAGUGUGAGGGAUCAAUCAAGGUCACAGUACGAGUGAGACAGUAGUUGUCCUGCAGUGCCCCCUUUGGCCGCUGUGUAAUAAAUAAAUAAAUAAAUACUGAAAACAAUAACUUCCCCUUUUGGAGAAAGAAUCCUGGAUCACCUGCGCACGGAAGCUGGAGAUAAACGGGAGAGCUGGAGUGGACAGAGCGAGAAGUCGUCGACGGAAAUCCGAGAGCUCCUUAACUUCCUGAUGCUUCGAUAACAGCUCGGUUUAGGGGGUCGUGGUGAUAUUUAAGGGUCCCAACCGAUCACCAGUCACGGACGCCUUUAUCUAAAAGGCAUGAAGAACCUGAAGAUUCCUUUGGUCUCCAUGUUAGAGCUUCUGCUGAUCUCUCUCGUGCUUUCUCCAGCGCUGGUGCUCAGUUUCACGUCUACAAAGGUGAAGCUUCAUGAGGCCGCCACUCUACCCUGCUACCAGACAUGCACAGGUUUGGUCACAUGGGCACAUAAGGAUGACAUUCUGGCUCAGUGUGACCAGACAUCGUGCCAGUCAGAGGAAGGAUUUCAGAUGUCCCAUGAUGAGUACCUGAAGGGAAAUCUGUCGCUGACCAUCAUAGAAGCUGAUUUCAGUAAAAGGAAGUGGUACACAUGCGAGUGCGACGGUACAGUCGUAUGUGAUGUGAGUCUGCGGCUUGAGCCCUUUAGUUACCCGCUCAGUGUUCGUGUUGGAGAAUCCCUCACUCUGGAUUUGCCCAUCCCAGACGACGUGGAGGUGACCGUUAAGAAGACUGAUGGUCCAAACACCUUCAGCCUCUGUAAAAUUGAGGGACAUAAAGCUUGGUGUGAGUCUAUGUAUGAGAAGAGAGUGUCGGUCAGUUCCAGUCUGCAGCUGACAGAGGUGAAGAAUGAUGAUGGUGGCAUUUAUAUCAUACGAGACAUCAAGAAUGAUGAGGUCAUUGGGAUGUACACGGUCACUGUCAAUGGAACAAAGCUAGAGGUCAGUGAUGGUCUUCCUGUAGAAGGAACGCCGCCAGGUCAGGGUGGCUCUGUUGCGACGCCACUGGCAGCAGUAUUUGGGGCGUUGCUGGCGGUUGCUAUUCUGGUGAUCGUAGUGCUGUUUGUAAAGAAUCAGAGGCUGCGGAAAUGCCUGAGACGCAUGGAAAACGUACCAGUAAGCAUGCAGCAAGUACAGCAGCAAGAACAACAGGAAGAAGAGGUGGAGGAUGAGCCUGAAGCUAUUGUGCACAGUCCUGUGAUGGAGACAGAAGAUGGGCAGGCCAUUAUAGAGCAGAUGAAGGUUCAGCAGGAUGAAGCAGAUCCUCUGCUGGAGACAGAUUCUCCUGUGAAUCCCCCUUCAGUCACGGAGGAGCCGCCGCUCUCUGUUCCUGUUUCUGACUCCUGCACACAAUAUUCAGAUUCUCAACCUCGAGUGUUCAAGUAAAUCUCACUUAAAACUGCCCCCCUUAAAACUUUGCUUUUGGGUUAAGCUUUAAUGAUGGUACUGGGUUAUCAUCUUCCCUGAAGACCCUUUUUUUCUGAAAACAAAUGCUGUUUUUUUUUUUAAUUUUAAAAUUUUUCAUUUGUCUUCAGUGUUUUCUGUCAUUUACCAUUCUCAUAAAUUCUUCUAUUAAAACAUAUCAUUGCUGUCCGUACUCCAAAAUAGAAACUUUUAAUGCAUAUUAAUAUAAAAAGAUUUUAUUUCAAGCCAUUUUGGACCAUUUCUAUUGAUCCGUUCAUGAUGAGAUUUUCACACAAUGUAAACAUCAGCUGGACUUUCAAAUUGUGCCAAAAAAUGAAAUAUGACAUGAAUGGAGAUUUUGUUUGGAUUUUCAGAUUUUUCUCUUUGCAAAAAAUGUCUAAUAAAUAUCUUGAUGGAAACCUUU